GAUGCAAAUUUGUUUAACAGUGUUGGUGACAAGUUGCAGACGACUUCUUAAAUCACUGCUCCGUUUGAAUUAUCGACCAUUCAUCCACAUAUAAUGGUAAAUAUUCUUGAAUUACGGUAUUAUGUCUGCUAACUUUGUCCUCUCGAAUCAGGAAGGUUACUUUCAAUAUCUCUCGCCCUCGCAUUUUACUAACUCGUGCCUUGUAACCAAACUUUUCUGUUUUAGUUCAAUAUCUAAUAAUAGGAGGACGAGUCAGUCAAAAUCGAAAGUUCGGAGACCUUUUUGUUAGUCGAUGCAAAGUGAGAGGGCCUAACUAAAUUGAUACAUAACCAUGACCAGAUUCGAUUUCUUGCCGAACUAAUUACGUCGAGGAAGGGAAAAUUUCAAGAAGAAAGGCAAACAAAACUUGUUGGCUCAGUCACCGUAAAAAAAAAAAAAAAAAAAAAAAAAAAAAAAAAAAAACUUAGUGUGGCUCAGUCAGUCAAAUCAGUCUGACAGAGUGAUCAGGGAGAGUUGUGCAUUUUCUCUUCUCUUCUUCCAGUCAAUUAUAAAACAAAAAAUGGCAGCGUCGCCUCCCUAAAUCCUCUUCUUUGUUCUUUAGCAACUCCCCCUUCCUUCUUUCUCCAUUGGAGUUCCCGCUUCUUCCACAAAACCUUCUCCGUUUCCCACGGGAUUUGGGAUUUCUACAACAUUCACCCGCACUCUGUGAAACCUCUCUCUCUCGCGCUUACUCGUCCAUUAGCCUUUCCCGCAACCGCGAGCCCACGGGGGUCGGAAUCUGCUUCCUCCGGCUUCUUCUUCUCUGAAUUCCUGUGCACUUGCUACUUCUACUAACGGCUGAUCUGCUCACUUCGCCGGCCAGCUCCCGCAGUUCCCGCGCUCGCAGGUAUCGGUCAUUCUCUUUUUCUCUCGCUUAUGAUUUCUCAGUUUCGUCUUUCCGUUGUGGUUGAGCUGGUGUACAAAAGCCUAAUUGUGCGAUCGACCGUCGCCGGCAAUUCCUUGCCUCGAUUCCGAUCGGAAAACUUUACUGUUGCUAUGCGAUUCUUCUCGUUUUGUGUUCCUUUUUUUUGAACUGAUUAAUCAAUUAAACAAUUCCUUCCUUCUCUUCCAGCUUUUACUGAACUUUUGGCUGAUUGUGUGGGCUUUUUCUUUUCGUGGACAUUCGUGUGGGUGGUCGGAGCGUAGACUUUUGCGCUCCGUUUAACGGUGGAAAGAUCACCGUUCGUCCACACACAGCCAGUCGGAAUUGGUAAAUGGAGGAAGGAGGAGGAAGAAUCCCAAAACCUCCACCCACUAAUUUAAUGCGUAGACGGAUUGGGUUUUCCACUCUCCCCAAACCCCAUUACCCGGUUUUCUUGUCCCUCUCUCCCCUCUCUCCCUCUCUCUUAACUUUUUCUUAAACCAAUGAUAAUCCCAAAUCCAAACAAUUAUUAUAUAGAAAGAGAGAGCAGAAGCUUCCAUUUCUUCACUACUCAUCGUCAUCUCUACCCCAAGCCCUGAUUGCCUGUUAAAUUACACACGGCUGGGUUGGACCAUAAUAAUAUCUUGGUUGAUUUUGAGCAGGGAAGAGGGAUGUUGAUGAGGAGCAGAUUGGCUUGCUGCACUCGGGACAGACGGAUCAGUAUCGACUUCGAUGAACAUGACAGUAGGAUAAUGACAUAUGAUGGCCUGGAGAGCUGCAUUCAAAACAAUCAAUCCUAUGAAAAUGAAAGCAGGACAAGUAGAGGUGAUGGCUUUGUAAGCGACUCAUUUGAUGAUGGUGCAUCCAGCUGCUCAUCGAGCAAAGAUGUUUUUGGGUCGUUCUCUUCCAAAUGGUUGAGUGUGAAAAGGGAUGAUCAGAGUUCGGAUGACUGGGACCUCCCAGAAAGCCCCCAGCACUUUUAUGCCAAAGAGAAACCAGCUUAUGGGAUUGGCCUCUCAGAUGUGGAGACAAUGAAGGAGAAGUUUGCCAAGCUGUUGUUGGGUGAAGAUAUCACCGGCGGUACUAAAGGCAUCACUGCUGCCUUAGCAUUAUCCAACGCAAUAACAAGCCUGGCAGCAUCUGUUUUCGGGGAGCUAUGGAAAUUGGAGCCAUUGCCUGAAGAAAGAAAGAAUAAAUGGAGAAGGGAAAUGGAUUGGUUGCUUUCUCCCACAAACUACAUGGUUGAGUUGGUUCCUGCUAAGCAAAAUGGUGCAAACGGCCAUACCAUGGAGAUAAUGACUCCCAAAGCUCGUGCAGACAUCCACAUGAAUCUUCCUGCACUGACGAAGUUGGACUCUAUGCUAAUUGAAACACUAGAUUCAAUGGUGAAAAAUGAGUUCUGGUACUCAGAAUUGGGCAGCAGAGCAGAAGGAAGAAACAAGAGUACAAGACAGAGCAAAAGGUGGUGGCUUCCAUUACCCCAAGUUCCCACAGCUGGACUUUCUGAUACAGAAAGGAAGAAGCUGAUGUACAAAUCUAGAGUUGUCUAUCAAGUCUUCAAGGCUGCCAAAGCCAUCAACCAGAGCAUUUUGCUUGAAAUGCCUGUCCCAUCAAUGAUUAAAGAUGCACUUCCCAAGUCUGGACGGGCGAAUCUCGGGGAGGAACUAUACAAGUUACUGACAACAGAAUCAGCGACAGCAGAGGAAAUGCUCAACUCUCUUGAUCUAAAAUCUGAACACAGUGUUCUUGAAGCGGUGAACAAGUUGGAAGCUGCCAUACUGGGAUGGAGAGAGAGAAUCAAAGCAGCACAAGUCGCCAAGAAAUCCCCCAUUAGAACAUCCUGGUCUUCCUUUGGCAAAGACCCUAUAUCUGAGCUUGAUAAAGUGGAGAUCCUUGUAGACAGAGCGGAAUCCAUCGUCCUCCAACUCAAGGCCAGACAUCCGAAUCUUCCUCAAACGUUUCUUGAUGCUACCAAAAUCAACUAUGGCAAGGACGUUGGACACGCGAUCCUCGAAGCAUACUCCCGGGUUCUGGGGAACCUGGCGUGCAGCAUUCUGACAAGAAUAGGGGACAUUUUGCAAGAAGACGCGGCCAGCAAUCCCAAUUCUGCAGCAACUACUCCUAGCUGGGAUCAUGUUGGUGGAGGGUUUGAUAUGACAGGCGGUGUUCAUGGGUCGAAGCUGCGGUAUUCAGAUGCCAGCAAUUCGGUUUCGGAUUGGGAGUUUUGCCUCAGCGAGCCGAAGUCGAGCUCGUCUGCAAGUGAGACCCCCAGCCGGAGUAGAGUAUGGUGCAUCGGCAGAGAGGCUUGUCUCAGCACCACGUCUCCCACAAACUCGCCAUGACUGCAGAAAAAAAUGUCAGUUUCUGAGACUUCGUUGAUUAUUAUGGAAGCCUGCUAGCGGCUGAUUUCCCCUCCCGGAAUCAGUCUUUUGUAAAUAAUGUAUUGCUGUUGGC